CACGCCCGCCGUGACUGAGGAAACACAACAGUCACAACAGUCUGGCCGGCGCUCAGAGCUGCGAGGAGCUUCGCUGUGGUGCUGCACCAAAGACCUGUUUCUCUACGCUGGAUUUUAAGCCUUUUUCUCCCCCCCGAGUAUUAUGGACGUUAGAGGGGUUUGCUUGAUGUUUUGUCUGCUCCUGCUGGCACACUGCAGGGCCCAGCAGCAGACCUCCUCCAAGAGAAGAAAUGGUAAGAAAGACUCUGCAAACAGUGCUGCGAUUGAGGAGCUGAGGAGACGGAUCGAUGACAUUGUUCAAGAGCUGAAUCUGGUGAAAGAGAACCAAGCUCUACAGACAGUUUGUCUGCGAGGCACCAAGAUCCCCGGCAAGUGUUUCCUGGCCGACCCCGUGAAGAAGACCUUCCACGCGGCCAGCGACGACUGCAUCGCCAAAGGUGGCAGUCUGGCCACCCCUCUGACAGGAGACGAGAACGACCAGCUCCACAGCUACGUGCGCCAGAGCAUCGGCCCAGAGGCGCACAUCUGGCUGGGCAUCAACGACCUGGUGACCGAGGGCCAGUGGGUGGACCAAUCGAGCUCCAACGUGCGCUUCAAGAACUGGGAGACAGAGAUCACCCUGCAGCCGGACGGAGGGCGCAGCCACAACUGCGCCAUCCUCUCCAUCCCGGCCAACGGGAAGUGGUUUGAUGAGGGCUGCCGGGCUGAGAAAGCUUCUGUGUGUGAGUUCAACAUCGUCUAACACAGACUCUGUUUUCUGACUGUGCAUAUACUUACAAUACGACCAGUACAAGCCGCUUGCAGAAAAGAAUGAAACAUGUAGAGAAAUCAGGUAAAAUACAUUUAAAGGAUAAUGUUCUGCAUCUUUCUUGAGCUUUUCUUGGCCAGGUGACUUCCCACAGUGGUCUUGUCAUAUAUGUCACUGUAUAAGCUAAACCCACUGGGCCAUGAUGUUUUUUAUACAUACAUGCCCACAAAGUCUUAUUAGAUAUUCAUCGAGGUAAACACCACUGGAUCGCUUCCCUUUGUUAUACGUAUCUUCAGUCAUCUGCCUAUCAAUGCAAUAAACGUUUUAUUUUUUACU